GUGAAGCCUAUCAGAGACCCCCAGCUGCUCUGUGUACUGUAGCCACGGUCAUCAUGCGUGAAAUUGUGCAUCUGCAAAUUGGACAAUGUGGCAACCAGAUCGGCUCAAAGUUUUGGGAAGUGAUCAGUGAAGAACAUGGACUCAACGCAACAGGCCUCUAUGAAGGAGACAGCGCCCUCCAACUGGAGAGGGUCAACGUCUACUUCAAUGAGGCACAUGGUGGUAAAUAUGUCCCGAGGGCCCUGCUUGUUGACUUGGAGCCUGGUACGAUGGACAGUGUCAGAGGAAGUCGCAUUGGGCCUCUUUUCAGACCGGACAACUUCAUCCAUGGUAACUCAGGCGCUGGUAAUAACUGGGCGAAGGGCCACUACACGGAGGGAGCAGAACUGGUGGAGCAGGUUAUAGAUCGAGUGAGGAAUGAGAGUGAAAGCUGUGACUGCCUCCAGGGCUUCCAGUUUGUUCACUCCUUAGGAGGUGGCACUGGUUCUGGCAUGGGAACCCUCCUCAUAAACAAGAUCCGGGAGGAGUACCCUGACCGCAUCAUAAACAGCUUCAGCAUCAUGCCCUCCCCUAAAGUCUCUGACACUGUGGUGGAGCCGUACAACGCCACCCUGUCAGUCCACCAGCUCCUGGAGAACACAGAUGAGACUUUCUGCAUUGACAAUGAGGCCCUCUACGACAUCUGUUUCCGCACUCUUAAACUGACCACGCCAACUUAUGGGGACCUCAACCACUUAGUCUCCAUGACUAUGAGCGGGGUCACGACCUCCCUGAGAUUCCCUGGACAGCUCAACGCAGACCUGAGGAAGCUUGCUGUCAACAUGGUGCCUUUCCCUCGCCUACACUUCUUCAUGCCAGGCUUUGCCCCUCUAACGCCCCGUAGAAGCACACAGUAUAGAGCCCUGACAGUGCCGGAGCUCACCCAGCAGAUGUUUGAUGCCCGCAACAUGAUGACGGCAUGCGACCCAAGACGGGGGCGAUACCUCACUGUUGCUGGCAUCUUCCGUGGGCGGAUGUCCACCAAAGAAGUAGAUGAGCAAAUGCUUGCAAUCCAGAAAAGAAACACCAACUACUUUGUCGACUGGAUCCCUCAUAAUGUCAAGGUCGCUGUGUGCGACAUCCCACCCCGAGGCCUGAAAAUGGCCUCCACCUUCAUCGGCAAUAACACAGCCAUUCAGGAAAUAUUCCGCCGUGUAGGGGAGCAGUUCUCAUUGAUGUUCAGACGAAAGGCUUUUCUCCACUGGUACACAGGCGAGGGUAUGGAUGAAAUGGAGUUCACAGAGGCCGAAAGCAACCUUAACGACCUGGUUUCGGAGUACCAGCAGUACCAAGACGCCACAGCUGAACAAGAAUGGGAUGUAGAGGAAGAAGAAGAGGAGGGACCCUCAUCAAAAGUGACAACGAAGGUGGAGUCUAGGGUGGGAGUUCCAAUGGAAACAGUGACUGAAACAAGCCAAGAAACUGUAGAUUAAUAGGAUGUAAAGGCACAGUGAUGUGUUGAUUUGGCACGGAGUUUAUAGGAUGCUGAAAAAUAUGGCACAGAAAGGGAACUUUUUUUAUUUUAAUCAAUGUCUAACUGUUUAAAUAGCUUCUACUUGUUAAAAGGGAGUGUGACUUUUUAAAAAGUGCUUUUUGUAUUUUGUGUUUCUUUUUCAGUAUGAAGGCUUGUAUGUUUGUUUAAAAUAUGAUUAUCAUGAGGUUUUAUAGUUUGUAUUUGAAGAUUUUGGAAAUGUAUGUAAAUAUAAAACUGUUCUGUUAUGCUAGCUUUAAGUAUUCACAGCUAUAUUAAUUAAAGUUUGAAGGUAAAACUGUCUCUUUUUCAACAAUAAAUAUUGUAUUGCCAGUUUUGUGUAAGAUCACCAUAAUAAAAGUAAUAAUACCUUC